AAUUUGUGAAGCUUGCGUUUUGAUUUUGAUUUGUUUGUUACUCUUUCUUAUUAACCAGCGAAGCAAAUGAAAGACUUUUGAAUUGUGGGAACACAAAGUUGUUGGAGCAUAAUUCAUCUCUUUGAGGAUAGAAACAAGAUGGGAGAUUCAGUACCUCUAAAACUAGCACUGCCAGAGCUGAAGUAUCCUAUUGGUUCACAGCCAAAGCAAAAGUCAGCAAUCAACCAAUAUUCCGGCUCAGAGUAUAUCUCCAUUGUUGACAGCAUCCUAAAACCAGAUGAGAUGAUAAGAGUCCGAGGAUCAUUUCUGGGACCUAUAAUGAAGCUCAGUGAGAGAGGAUUGAAGUUAUCAGCAAAGAUGGUCUACGCCAUUCUCACUAGAAGCAUCGUUUCUGUCAAGGAGAAUGAAGCCUGGUUCCAUUUCGGUGCGCAGCCACUGAGGUUCUCUAUAAGAGAAUUUCAUAUGAUGACAGGCUUGAAAUGUAGUGGUGCAUUAGAAGGACCACGAAGGGAAACAGAUAGAUUUAAUUGGGAAUUGCUAAAGGGGCGUAGUCAUAAGUUAAGUGACGUGGUGGAACAGCUCAGAAACACAAGAGAAGAUGCUUCUGAGGAGAGAGUAUGCCUCGCAAUGCUCAUCCUGGUAGAGAGCAUAUUAUUGCGGAAGAGCAAAGGAGGGAGUUUUCCUUUGGAAUAUGCGAAAAAUGCACAGGAUAUGACAUAUCCAUGGGGGAAAGAGGCUUACAUUGUGCUCCUGAAGUCAAUUCAAAACGCUGUCGCGAAUCAUUUGGAGAAUAAAUCCAAAUUUGAGUUGCAAGGUUAUCCUCUAGUAUUCCUUCUUUGGAUACUAGAGUCGAUUCCUUUGCUAAGGAAUAAGUUCAGUAAGUGUGUACCAACAGUUGAGGUUCCUGGGCCGACUUACUUGUGUGAAAAAUACACUGACGUAGAGAAUCCAUCACUUGAUAGGGUUUUACAGGUUGAAGCUGAUACAAAGCUGAAGGUCCAUUGCAUACUACCUUCUAUUCCUCAUGAUCCAGAAGAUGAUAUCUCCAUUGAAGACAAAUAUAGUGACGAGCUGGAAACACUGAAAGAUGUAACAAAGAAAGGGUACAAGCUUACAGCUGAUGACUGGGAAAAUAGGUGUGUAGACACAUUUGAAACAUUGGAUGCUCUUAUUCAAAUGAUGGCAAAUAAGGAGACUGGCCAAGCUUCUACUCCGAUUGAUGAGGAUUCAGUAAAUGAAAAAGUGAACAGGAUCAUUGAGGUAAUGGAGGAGAAUCUGAAGAGCAUGAAGGAUCGAAUGUCAUUACUGGAAGAAGAAAACAUGCAUCUUAGAGCCCGUGUGUCAGAGUUGGAAGGAAACAACAAUGUUUUUCCCACUAACGUGACACAACAGCGAUCCAGUGGGACACCUUUAUCUCCAAUGUCUCACACGCAACCAUCGAGUGAGACGCCUUUAUCUCCAAUGUCUCAACAGCCUAAUUUGACACAUGAGGAGACAAUGAUUGAAUCAGCUGCAUCUCCAAAGUCUCAACAAAAUGAGGAUUACACGCAACCAUCGAGUGAGACGCCUUUAUCUCCAAUGUCUCAACAGCCUAAUUUGACAAAUGAGGUAUGUAACCAAUAAAUAUUGUUGAGUUUUGAAGUAAUAAUUGGAAACUUUUGUACAUAUUCUUGAAUGCAUUCUUGAUUUUUGCAGGAGACAAUGAAUGAAUCAGAUGAUGACACUCCUGCCCUUGAUACUCAAGUAUUCUCUCCUAAUCUGACAAAAGAGGUAUAUGCUCAAUGAUAUUGUUUUCACAGUUGGAGUUUACAAAU